UUCCUCCUCAGGAACAAGUAUCUCCUCCUGAACGCUCAGGAGCUGAAUGAACUCAGUGCCAUCUCUCUGAAAGCCAGCAUCCCUGAGGUGGAGGCUUUUGUCAACACGGACAGAAAUCUAAUCUGUGAUGGUAAAAAGGGCCUCCUGACACGGCUACUUUCAGUCAUGAAGAAAGAACCGACUGAAUCCUCAUUGAGGUUCUGGCAGGCGGGGGCAGUGGAGAGCUUCCUUAGAGGGGCCACCACCUACGCUGACCAGGUGUUCCUGCUCAAGAGAGGCCUGCUGGAGCACAUUCUGUUCAGCAUCAUAGACAGUGGCUGUACAUCCAGGGACGUGCUGCAGAGCUACUUUGACCUGCUGGGGGAACUCAUGAAGUUCAACAUUGACGCCUUCAAGAGGUUCAACAAAUACGUCAACACCGAGGAGAAGGAGAAUGUGAGCUGUCUGAACACCAGCCUGGUGGUGUUGAUGCUGGCCAGGAGGCGGGACAAACUGGCCUUCUGUCUCAACGCCCUGAGGGAGGAGGAGUACGCUGAGAAAUACCCCGGCUGCCUGCUCAACAACUUACACAACCUGCUGUGCUUCUAGCAGCGCCACUACCUCAACAAGGACAAGGACAGCACCUGUCUGGAGAACAGUCCCUGUAUAUCAUUUACCUACUGGAAGGAGACUGUGUCGGUUCUGUUGGACUCUGACUCGACUUCACUAUGUGCCAUAGCCCGCUACAUCGAGGCCUACAUGGAUCUGGGCAAAGACUUUCUGGAAGUUUAAUGCUUCUGGAUGGAUGGAUAGAGAAGAGAGGAGAGUCAAUGUCUCCAUUCACCUACAAACUGAACAGAUCUGAGCUCUCACUCCUCCACAUCCUUAGGUCUACAAAAUGACUGUGUGCAUAGUUUUGGGCUUGUGUGUGUGUUAGGUGUAGGAGUGGAUACUUGUGUUGUGUGUGUGUGUGUGUAUGGAGCCGUGUUGGGGUGUAUAACAUGCCGGAAUUGGAGUUUCCAUGUAGCUGUGGAGGAGAAACAGUCAGCCAAUCGGCAGCCCCAGAGGACUGAGGUUCCUUCAGCCUUUCACUAAUAGUAUGGAUAGGAUCUCUCCUACCCUCUGGUUAAAAAAACAAACCCCACACCCACUUCAUAGUGUCGCCAAAAUGUACAUGGUAAUUACAUUGGCAGAUUGUGCAUAGUAGUUACAACUGGUAUACUGUUUUGUGGCACAAUUUCAGAGAUUCACAAAUUGUCUAGUGUCAUAGUUCUACAGUAAGGAAAGGUUAUAACAAUCCAUUUGAGUUUGUAUGCCAAUGUAAUGCAUGUAAUUACAUUUUGAUGUGCAGUCACACAAACAUGAUGUGUAAGUACACUGACUGAAAGAAAUGCAUUACCAUACCAGUAUGUUAAUGUUUUAGGGACAUUGAGACCUAGAUUCAAUCAGAUCGAGUGUUAACCGGUGAUGGCUGAUGUUUCUUUGGGAGGUGUAACUGUGUUGAAGCUGUCAAAUUGGUGCUCUUGUGAUCCUUGUGUUGGGGAAUAAUCAGAAUUAGUUGGUAACAUAGGUAAGAUGUUUUAUAUUCAUCAUAUGUUUGUAAGUUACUUCUCAUCAGAAUGUUGUUUUUGUAUAAUACUGUGGCGGGGUUU